UUGUUGUACUGCGACUCGAUAGUCAUCGUAUUGGGGUACCUUGCGAGACAUGAUGGUGGUACCUUAUGUUGUCGAAGUUGCAAAGCAUAUCAACCUCAAGAGCUCGAAGCUAUCACAGUAUUGUCUUCUGUAUGCCGUGCCUGAAUCUGUAUGGAGCCUUGCAGGCCGAGACGCCGGAGGACGGCGAUACUUAUCGCCGUAGUGUCACGCUAUGCUGAUGAGGCCAGGGCUAAGAAAAAUCGCGGUCGGACCUCGUCGGCUCUCGUUCUUCGUCGCGUCGUCUUCAACUGUGCAAUCUUCCAAGAACAAAGUUCGUUGCUGGAGUAUGGUGUUGCUGUUGCGCUGGCCGGUCUCAAAUUGUUGCAGAAAUUCUGGCUCACGCUGAUUCUUGCUGCGGCAAGGUCCGCAAGCUCGUAUGUUUUGGGCACAGAGAUAGAAUAUGCAUAUAUUUACUCGGAGACAUUCUUGAUGGUGCUGCCUAUGGUAGCUUGUGAUGAGUCAGUGGUGGAGAGGAGAAGUGGUCUAUCAUCUAUGUGGAGGGCUGAAGAUGCUAGACUGGCCUGAUCCAAUCUUCAAAGUUGAAGAAUUUAGAUAUGAGAAGGGAGUUUCAUAUGUUAGUAGUAGACGAUGCGAUCUCUCGGGGCUCGGACUCUCGUUAAGCUAGUGGCUCUACAAGAAGAAGGUGCUGUG